AUAUGACUAAGUGAUUUUAUAGUAGAGGCAUAUCCUGAAUGUGCUUGAUAGAUCCCAUUUUUUCAUGAAAAUAAAGAUAGUCAAUUUGACUGGACUUAAGACUUUAUUAUGUUUUCUGAGAAAGAAUAAGAUAUCAUUAUUCUCUUUAAUAAACUUUUGUCUCGUACGGAAUACUAUAUGAUUUCACCGUUUGUUUCAUCAGAAACAAUCUGGGACGGAAGGAUUCGAACCUCCGAGUAACGGGACCAAAACCCGCUGCCUUACCACUUGGCCACGCCCCAUUUCGGGUUUUAUGCGACACUAAUAAACACUAGUAUGUUUAUUUGUUAUUCGUCAAUACCAUUUCAAUUACAUAAAAAAGGAGGGAUAUUCUCUUGCUAGUAUUCUACACAUGCGGAUAAUAUAGAAUCAAAAAAAUGCAUUGAUCAUUACAUGGAAUUCUAUUAAGAUAUUAUAUGAAAGUCGAAUUUAUUCCACUCUCAUUUGAGAGUGCGAAUACAAGGAGGUAUUUUGUGUUUGGGAAAGUCCGAAGAAAAAAGAUUUUGAAUCUGCCUUUUCCUUCUUUCCCUUAAAAAAAUAACUCAAGAAAAAUCCAAUUAUUUACUCUACAAGAAUGAAAUGCUUGUUAUGCCUAAUAUACUUAGUUUAACCUGUAUCUGUUUUAAUUCUGUUCUUUAUCCUACUAGUUUUUUCUUUGCCAAAUUACCCGAAGCUUAUGCUAUUUUCAAUCCAAUCGUGGAUAUUAUGCCUGUUAUACCUCUAUUCUUUUUUCUAUUAGCCUUUGUUUGGCAAGCUGCUGUAAGUUUUCGAUGAAAUCUUUAGUACUCUGUAUGCCAAAUUGAAUGAUGUGUUCAUUCCAAAAAAAUUUUAAAAUGGGUAAAAGCCGAGAAGUUUUAUAUUUUUAUAUUAUGAACCUUCGAUUCUAAAAUUUAAAUUCUUCUACAUUGAAUGGGUAGCUACAGCAAUAAAUUUGGAUCAGCCUUUCUACUCCCCUGCACCUAGGUUGAGCAGGUACCUAAAGGUACCUACACAAUACCUAACCACCUAACCCUAUUUUUGCUAUUGAUAAGAGUGCUUAUUAUAAAAGAAUUCUUGCAAUUUUUUUCAAGAAUUCUUUUUUGCAUUUUUAGGUAUAAAAAAAAACCAUCCUAGUGGAUCCGUGUGGUAAGGAAAAACUGGUAAUCUAUUCCUUAAAAAAAAAUCUUGGAGAUUAUGUAAUGCUUACUCUCAAACUUUUUGUUUAUACAGUAGUGAUAUUCUUUGUUUCACUCUUUAUCUUUGGAUUCUUAUCUAAUGACCCAGGACGGAAUCCUGGACGCGAGGAGUAAAAAUUCAGUUUUUUUUUUUCUUAUUGGAUUUGUUUCGUACAUUUAUCUAUGAGAAAAUCCGGGGGUCAGAAUUCUUUCCAAUUCGAAAGUCCCAAAUGAUCCAAGGGAGCGGAAAGAGAGGGAUUCGAACCCUCGGUACAAAAAAAUUGUACAACGGAUUAGCAAUCCGCCGCUUUAGUCCACUCAGCCAUCUCUCCACGUUCCAAAGCGAAAGGUUUCCGUGAUAUGAUAUAGGCAAGAAAUAAGAAAUAACGGUUGCAAAAAACCCCUUUUUUUUCUUUCAAAAGUCUAUAAAAAUUAUAUUGCCAAUUCCAUUUUAAUUAUAUUCUUUUUUCUUAAUGUUAAUAAAAAAAGAAGAAAAUUCUUGUUUUUUCUUUCUAAAAAUCGAUAUUGGCCGAGAGACAAUCAAAUAGAUUUUCUCUUUAGCGGGCAUUUCCAUAUAGGACUUGUUAUAAUUAUAAUAAAACAAGCAGGUUAUAUAAAAAAAACGCUUUUUUUGUCGAUUAUUUAUCAAGAAAGCAAAAAGGGUUCUUAUCAAAUCCACCAUAAAAUUGGAAAGAAGCAUAAAGUAAGUAGACCUGACUCCUUUAAUGAUGCCUCUAUCCGCUAUUCUGAUAUAUAAAUUCGAUGUAGAUGAAAUUGUAUAAGCGAAUUUUUUUUAUUUCCUUAGACUUAGACCGCGCAAGACAAGAAUUUUUCGCUAUUUACGAUUUCAUAUUCUUGUUACUAGAUGUUCUAUAGGAAUAAGAAGAAAUCGCAACUCCUUUGCGCUACACAUAAAAUUGGAUUUCGAAGGUCCAUUUUUUUUUUUCAGAAUCCUCUAUUAUUUUAGUUCUUCCACCCAUGCAAUAGAGAGGGAAUGGGAAAAGAAGGGUUACUUUUAUUUGCAUUUUUCCCUUAAAAGAUAGACUUUGAAAUAGGAGUCUUGGAAUAAUGCUGAAUUCAAAGGUUUAUUUCUUUCUAUAGUAUAAGAAAAACAAUUUAUUUCUAUUUCUAUAGUAUAAGAAAAACAAAUAGUAUAAGAAAAACAAAUCGAAUCAAAUUCAUGGAUUUACCACGACCUCGGUUGUGACUGUGACUCCAUAGAUAAAAAUGGGAAAUUUCUCUCUUCGAGACCAUUGAAAAAGGGCAUUGAACGAGAAAGAAAUCGUCCACAGAUAAUAAAACUAUCAUAUGCCUUGGAAAGUGAUAUGAGGUGCUCGGAAAUGGUUGAAGUAAUUGAAUAGGAGGAUCACUAUGACUAUAGCCCUUGGUAGAAUUCCUAAAGAAGAAAAUGAUCUAUUUGAUACUAUGGAUGACUGGUUACGAAGGGACCGUUUCGUUUUUGUAGGAUGGUCUGGCCUAUUGCUCUUUCCUUGUGCUUAUUUCGCUUUAGGGGGUUGGUUUACAGGGACAACUUUUGUAACUUCUUGGUAUACCCAUGGAUUGGCUAGUUCCUAUUUGGAAGGUUGUAAUUUCUUAACCGCAGCAGUUUCUACCCCUGCCAAUAGUUUAGCACACUCUUUGUUGCUACUAUGGGGGCCCGAAGCACAAGGAGAUUUUACUCGUUGGUGUCAAUUAGGCGGUCUAUGGACUUUUGUAGCUCUCCACGGGGCUUUUGCACUAAUAGGUUUCAUGUUACGCCAAUUUGAACUUGCUCGGUCUGUUCAAUUGCGGCCUUAUAAUGCAAUCUCAUUCUCUGGUCCAAUUGCUGUUUUUGUUUCUGUAUUCCUUAUUUAUCCACUGGGGCAAUCUGGUUGGUUCUUUGCGCCGAGUUUUGGCGUAGCAGCGAUAUUUCGAUUCAUCCUUUUCUUCCAAGGAUUUCAUAAUUGGACGUUGAACCCAUUUCAUAUGAUGGGAGUUGCCGGAGUAUUAGGUGCGGCUCUGCUAUGCGCUAUUCAUGGAGCGACCGUAGAAAACACUCUAUUUGAGGACGGUGAUGGUGCAAAUACCUUCCGUGCUUUUAACCCAACUCAAGCUGAAGAAACUUAUUCAAUGGUCACUGCUAACCGCUUUUGGUCCCAAAUCUUUGGUGUUGCUUUUUCCAAUAAACGUUGGUUACAUUUCUUUAUGCUAUUUGUACCCGUCACCGGUUUAUGGAUGAGUGCUAUUGGCGUAGUUGGCUUGGCUCUGAACUUACGUGCCUAUGACUUUGUUUCCCAGGAAAUCCGUGCAGCGGAAGAUCCUGAAUUUGAGACUUUCUACACCAAAAAUAUUCUUUUAAACGAGGGUAUUCGUGCGUGGAUGGCAGCUCAGGAUCAGCCUCAUGAAAAUCUUAUAUUCCCUGAGGAGGUUCUACCACGUGGAAACGCUCUUUAAUGGAACUUUCGUUUUAGCUGGUCGUGACCAAGAAACCACCGGCUUUGCUUGGUGGGCUGGGAAUGCCAGACUUAUCAAUUUGUCCGGUAAACUGCUUGGAGCUCAUGUAGCUCAUGCCGGAUUAAUCGUAUUCUGGGCCGGAGCAAUGAACCUAUUUGAAGUGGCCCAUUUCGUACCAGAAAAGCCCAUGUAUGAACAAGGGUUGAUUUUACUUCCACACUUAGCUACUCUAGGUUGGGGAGUAGGGCCAGGGGGGGAAGUUCUAGAUACUUUUCCGUACUUUGUAUCUGGCGUACUUCACCUAAUUUCCUCCGCAGUCUUAGGCUUCGGUGGCAUUUAUCACGCGCUUCUGGGACCCGAGACUCUUGAGGAAUCUUUUCCAUUCUUUGGUUAUGUCUGGAAAGAUAGAAAUAAAAUGACUACAAUUUUGGGUAUUCACUUAAUUUUGUUAGGUCUAGGUGCUUUUCUUCUAGUACUCAAGGCUCUUUAUUUUGGCGGUGUAUAUGAUACCUGGGCCCCUGGGGGGGGAGAUGUAAGAAAAAUUACCAAUUUGACCCUUAGUCCCAGUGUUAUAUUUGGUUAUUUACUAAAAUCUCCUUUUGGUGGAGAAGGGUGGAUUGUUAGUGUAGAUGAUUUAGAAGAUAUAAUUGGUGGGCAUGUAUGGUUGGGUUUUAUUUGUGUAUUUGACGGAAUUUGGUAUAUUUUAACCAAACCCUUCGCAUGGGCUCAUCGUGCAUUUGUAUGGUCUGGAGAAGCUUACUUGUCUUAUAGUUUAGCUGUUUUAUCUGUCUUUGGUUUUAUCGCUUGUUGUUUUGUAUAGUUCAAUAAUACAGCUUAUCCGAGUGAGUUUUAUGGACCCACCGGGCCAGAAGCUUCUCAAGCUCAAGCAUUUACUUUUCUUGUUAGACACCGGCGUCUUGGAGCUAAUGUGGGAUCUGCUCAAGGACCCACAGGUUUAGGUAAAUAUCUAACGCGUUCCCCAACUGGGGAGGUUAUCUUUGGAGGGGAAACUAUGCGUUUUUGGGACCUUCGUGCUCCAUGGUUAGAACCUCUAAGGGGCCCCAACGGUUUGGACUUGAGUAGGUUGAAAAAAGACAUACAACCUUGGCAAGAACGACGCUCAGCAGAAUAUAUGACCCACGCUCCUUUAGACUCUUUAAAUUCCGUGGGUGGCGUAGCUACCAAGAUCAAUGCAGUUAAUUAUGUUUCUCCUAGAAGUUGGUUAUCAACCUCUCAUUUUGUUCUAGGAUUCUUCUUUUUUGUGGGCCAUUUAUGGCAUGCAGGAAGAGCCCGAGCUGCUGCAGCAGGUUUUGAAAAGGGAAUCGAUCGUGAUUUGGAACCUGUUCUUUACAUGAACCCUCUUAACUAAGAUUUUCUUAUUUAUACCUGUUCUACUUUUUUUCUGUUCUGGCUCGGUUAUUCCAUCUAGCCGAGCCAUUCAUUCCUUUUUAUGAAAGAAAGAUAAGGGACAGAAAAAAAAAAUAAAUAAAAAUGAAAGAAACAAACGUAUUCAAUAAGCAAAAGGAGAGAGAGGGAUUUGAACCCUUGAUAGUUCCUAGAACUAUACCGGUUUUCAAGACCGGAGCUAUCAACCACUCAGCCAUCUCUUCACAGCCUAAUCCUUAUUUUACUCCAACAAACAGAACAUAGCCAUACAAAAAAUAAAAAGAUUUAUUAGCCUCUAGAAAGAUAUCAGAUACAAGUUCCUUUUUGAUAUAUCUCUGUAUACUGUAUACAUGGAUACAGGAUCCGCUAUACCCGCUUGUGAAAUUAAGAGUAAAUAAUUUCUUCUCACCCCCAUAUCCAAAUAAAAAAGCGGUUUAAGUAAUAAAUUUGAAUUAAAGAGAAGAAUCAAUGGAUUCAUGAUUAAACCCCUCUUACUUCUUGUAUUUUUUUUUACAAUUUUGGUUUAAGUGAGGGAUCAAAUAUGUAGUCAACUUUAUUUGAUGGUAGCUUGGAGGAUUAGAAAUAUGACUAUUGCUUUCCAAUUAGCUGUUUUUGCAUUAAUUGCGACUUCCUCAGUCUUAGUAAUUAGUGUACCCCUUGUAUUUGCUUCUCCUGAUGGUUGGUCAAAUAAUAAAAAUGUUGUAUUUUCCGGUACAUCAUUAUGGAUUGGACUAGUCUUUCUCGUAGCUAUUCUGAAUUCUCUCAUUUCUUAAAUAAAAUUUGGUUAAUAUUUAUUAACCCC